AGAGAGGCAAAAAAAAAAAAAAAAAAAAGGGCAGCCUUCCUUCGCCUUUCACUCCAGCCAUCAUGCACUGCAGGGGGAGGGCUCUUCUUCUUCCCUGGCUCCUCGCGCUCCUGGCGGGGUUCCUGGUGGCCGGCUCGGAGUUCCAGCAUCACCGCUAUGAGGAUAUGGUGAGAGCUUUGUUCGCCGUGCACAACCAGUGCCCCUACAUCACGCAUAUCUACAGCGUGGGCCGCAGCGUGGAGGGGCGCCACCUCUAUGUGCUGGAGUUCAGUGACAACCCGGGCAUCCACGAGGCGCUGGAACCUGAGUUCAAAUACGUGGGCAACAUGCAUGGCAACGAGGUGCUCGGCCGUGAGUUGCUCAUCAAAUUGUCCCAGUUUCUGUGCGAGGAAUUCCAGGCCGGAAACCAGCGGAUCAUGAGGCUCAUCUACGACACGCGCAUCCACAUCAUGCCCUCGAUGAACCCCGAUGGCUACGAGGUGGCCGCCAGACAGGGUCCGGAGUUCAACGGCUACCUGGAUGGUCGAGGCAACGUGCGGGAAAUCGACCUGAACCGCAACUUUCCGGACCUGAACGCGCUCAUGUAUUACUAUGAGAAGAACAAUGGCCGCAACCACCACCUGCCGCUGCCUGACAACUGGGAGCAACAGGUGGAACCAGAGACUCGUGCAGUCAUAAAAUGGAUGCAAAACCACAACUUCGUCCUCUCCGCCAAUCUCCACGGCGGAGCCGUGGUGGCCAACUACCCCUUUGACAAGUCGCGGGACCCCCGCAUCCGAGGGAGGACCACCAACGCCGCCACCCCGGACGACAAAAUCUUCAGAAACUUGGCGAGGACUUACUCGUACGCACACAGCUGGAUGCACAAGGGUUGGAACUGCGGUGACUACUUCGACGAGGGCAUCACCAACGGAGCCAGCUGGUACUCGCUGUCUAAGGGAAUGCAGGACUUCAACUAUUUAUACACCAACUGUUUUGAGAUCACGCUCGAGCUGAGCUGCGACAAGUUCCCUCCCGAGUCUUCGCUGCCCAGAGAAUGGCUGGGCAAUCGCGAAGCGCUGGUUUCCUUUGUGGAACAGGUGCACCAUGGACUAAAAGGCAUGGUCUAUGACGAAAACAACAACCCUAUCAAGAAUGCUGAGAUCUCAGUGUCAGGCAUCCAUCAUGAUGUGACCAGUGGAGUCCACGGCGACUAUUUCCGACUACUGUUGCCCGGGACGUACACGGUGACAGCUUCCGCCCCGGGUUACACUGUCUCCUCCAGCACCGUCACAGUGGGACCAGCUGAAGCCACACAGCUUAAUUUUUACUUGAAAAAGGCACCAAAACAAAACGUGAAGACGAAGCAGCACCAAGGCAGGAGGAACCUGUCAGCUCCCAAGUCCACCUUAAAACUGGGCCCAAGAUGAGGACGUGAUUUAAAGAACACACACACGUUCACAUGCAAACAAGCUGUAUGAAAACAUACACAUAGAAAUUACGGAAUACGUAAUUUUACAUUUGUAACCCUGUAAUUUUUUUUGUUACUAUGCGUUUUUGUCUGUAUUAAGUAAUUAUUCAAAGAAUGGUGUAUUUAUGUAACAGUAUUGAGAUGAAGAUGGUUGUCCUUUAUUUACGAUGUUUUUUCAUGACACAUUAUUUGUUGGAUAAAUAAAUAAAAUAAUGUGUGUUUUUCUCA